AUGAAUGAUGAAGAAUUCAGAAAGGCAUUGUUUGAGUUCUUGGAACACAUACAAGACCAUACAUUGAGAAAUUCCUUGUCGAGUUUCGUGCGAGGUAUUUACAGAAAGAAUGGUGAAGCAUUGCAAGAUUUGAAUGACAAUGAAUUGAAAAGUGCGUUGUUCCAUUACUUGAAAGACAAGAGGUACCUACUUGUCAUGGACGACAUCUGGAAAACUGAAGUAUGGAAUGAGGGAGAUACAUGUCCUCCAGAACUUGAAACUCUAGGGAGACAAAUUGUAGAAAGUUGCCAUGGUUUACCACUUGCAAUUGUGGUAUUGGGAGGUUUUUUGGCAAAUAAGGAGAAAACACAUCAAACAUGGUUGAAAUUGAUUGGCCAUGUCAAUUGGUAUCUGGAUCAAAAUAAAUCAUUUUGCAGAGAUAUAUUGGCUUUAAGCUACAACCACCUAUCCCAACACUUGAAACCAUGCUUUCUAUCUUUUGGUAUCUACCCAAAAGACUUUGAGAUACUAGUGAUGCAACUAAUCCGACUUUGGAUAGCUGAGGGAUUCAUACAGCAAACUGGGAGUAGAAAUAUGGAGGAUGUUACUGAGGACUACUUGGAGGAACUCAUUGAUCAAAGCUUGAUUCAAAUAGCAGCGAAGAGGCUUGAUGGAGGAGUCAAAACAUGUCGUAUCCAUAAUCUUCUACGACACCUCUGUAUAUCGGUGAGUGCUGAAGAGAAGUUUCUUGAGGUUCGUUCAAAUGUUAACCUUUCACCUAUGAGCAAAUCCCGUAGAAUUUCCAUCCACAGUGCCAACCAUCCAGACAUUUCUUCCAACCCUUGUGAGCCUUCAAAUAGUCGUACUUUCAUAGGCUUUGGGGAGGUUGUCAAGCUCGAGAGUCCUCUUUUUAAAAGCAACUACUUGAAAUGGCUAGGUGAAACUAACAAGUUGGUUCGUGUGGUAGAGCUUAGUAAUAUGGGCAUUUGUUGUUUGAUCCCCAACAAAAUUGAAAACCUGAUCCUUUUGAGGUACUUGAGCAUUUAA